ACAUCAUCACUUAAAUUUCAUGAUGAGACUAUAUAUUUUUACCUCAAAUGCAAACCAAUUUUAAAGUUGGAAGACACAUAUUUGAGCUUGUUGAAUUGUACUGUGAUAAUCUUUUUUAGAACACUGAGUUUGAUUGAUGGUGAAAAUGUUUGUAGGUGAAGAAAAUGUUCAAGAAAAAGAUGUGGAGAGUGCAGCGAUCGAAUACAGAGACUUCAUCUCGAUUCACGCUGGGAACCACAAAGGAGGGUUGAAGAACUGCUUGAAUGGAGAUCCUAACCGAGACAUACGGUUAAGCAUGAGUGAGCAGUGGCUUGAGGCUUUGGCUAAAACUCGUGGACCUGAUUUAGUAAAGUUCACGCAGUGGAAUCUUUUGAGGAUAUAUCCCAAGACAACACGGUUUGACUCGUAUAACUAUGAUCCUCUCGUUGGAUCGAUUUAUGGUGCUCAAAUGGUUGCCUUCAAUAUGCAAGUAAUAAUUUGAAGUUUUAACACUAUCCUCUCUAUCAUAAGCAGAAAUUUUCAAUAGUUAUGAAGCAUUGAGUUAAGUUCAUUAUUGGACACGACAUAACUAAAAUAAUCUUGUCUCUCUUUGGAGUUCUAGGCUGAGAAAAUGUUGUGAUUUUUUGUUGAACUUGAAGAUAGAAUAAUGUACUUUGUACCAU